AUGAAGGGCGCCGUGUCCCUGCUGCCACUGCUGCUGCUCCUGGGCUCCAUACCUGCCGUGCUCUGUGCAGACGAACAUGCCGACCACGACCAUGACCAUGAGCACCAGCACACCACCCAGGCUGACCUGCAGCCCCAUGAUCAUGGCAAGUACGACGACUUCAAGUUCCGGGCGGACCUUCAGGUGGUCGAGCAAUCCCCACCCAUAGAUACUGUAGCUGGCGGGACAGCCUGGUUCAACCCCGACGAGGACGAGCCCGAGUACGUCUGGGAUAUAGAUGUCAUGGGAGUAGAGAAUCUCACGGCUGCCGUCCUCCGCAUGGGGGUUAGCGGCGAGGACGGGCCCCUCAUCUUGGGACUCCUACCCCUUAAUGUGAACGCCUCGGCCUUCGAUGCGAUCGACGGACCCUUGCCGCAGAUCACCCCGCCCUUCACUGGUGACACACUCUUCCAUGGGCACAGCUCCGCAGAGGAUCUGCUUGGACCCCUGGCCGGGGGAACUCUUGCGGACCUCGAGGAGGCGCUCGCCUCUGGAGAGACCCAGAGCCCUGCCAUAAACACACCGACGACUGGUCGCGCCUACUUUGAUCUGGAUGACGACGAGGAUGAGUACGAGUGGACGAUUCAGGUUAGCAACGUCCAGAACCUCAUCAUGGCCCACAUUCAUCUGGGCGGAGCGGGCACGAACGGUCCCGUCAUCGUCGGCCUGCUGCCCAAAGGCUACCCAGCCUCAGCCUUUGGCCCCAACGCCACCCUGCCCACCAUCACUCCGCCAUUCAGCGGAUCCAACAGAUACAGCGGCAAGUUCACUGCCAGGGACCUGGCGGGCCCAUACGCUGGAAGGCCCCUGAGCGCCCUCACCCAAGCCUUCAAGGCUGGGGGUACAUAUGUCAACCUGCACACCACCCAGUACCCUGCUGGGCUGGUGAGGGGCCAAGUCAUCCCGCAGUCGUGA